AUGCUUCAGAGCCUACGAGAGCGCGACGCGAUAAUAGCGGAGUUACAGCAACGAUGUAAUGAUGCAGAAAGGAGUUUGGCAGAGAUGGCUGGUACAGUAGAGACGGCACGGCUGCAGGCGGACCGCGCGGAGGAGCGUGUACGUCUUCUCGCCACUGCGCAGUGGACAAGCGAUAGCGACGUCAGCGCUUGCUCUCUCUGUGCUUCUCCCUUCUCCUUCUCUCGUCGUAAAGUGGGUUCUACUCAUUUUCUUGCAUGCUCUUGGAACCCUGAUGAAAUAGCAUUGAACUCAUCAGGCUUGUAG